CGGGUAGUUUUUGCUUUCUACUUCACUUUCGUUUUGUAGCCAUUCGUUAAUUGGCCGCUGAAAUAAAUAGAAUUGGGUGAAUUUAUGCGGAAAGCGUUUGCGGCAAUCGGAGAAUAAAUUUUCUUCACCAAUUACUGAACUAAGUGUAUUUUUCUAAAUAAUCAGUGUAUAAAAAAUUCAAACAAAUUAAUCAUAGUUGGCUUUAAUAAAUGUUACAGUAAAUUUGAAUAGUGCAUAGUUAUUUUCAUUUUUCAACGUCAAAUAAAUAACAGUCGGCGUUCCCAAUUGCAAUACAAUUGAUUGACCUCUUCUGCAAAGUGUAUACAUCACCAACACAAUGAGUGAUUAUCAAAUAGAGACGCGUCGACGUUCACGUUCGAAAACCCCGUUUCUACGUUCUAAUUGUGACCACGAGAACUGCGAGCACGCCGGCAAGGAGGGACACAUACAUCAUCAUCAGCAUCAGAAAAAGAAGGCGCCCAAUGUGCAAACUAUUUUGGAGGAAACCGUUGAGGUGAAGUCUUCUUCUACUAUAUCACCAGAGAAACAAACACAAAAAACAAAAACAUCAGAUUACUCCAGCGAAGACACAAGUCCAGAAAGUAAAACCAAAAAAAGUAUAACCAAUAUCAUCGAAGAGUCAUCGAAAAACUCCAAACAAAUGUCGUCGUCCUCCACGAAUAGGACCACCACCACAACAACCAGCACAACGGUUGUUACGAAAAGUAAACGCUUAGCUGGCGGCAGCAGCAGCGUUGGUGGCGCAGCGACUUCAACGCCAAAGGCCAUACAGAAUUAUUUGCAAGAAAGUUUCGCAUCACAAUUCACUGGUGGCGGUGGCCCAGAGGCAGCGGCACAGCGCUUUAAAGAAAUCACACAGAAUGUGCUCAAUGCAGAAUUUGAGCGUUCACAACAAUCGUCUAAGGCCGCUGCCGGUGCUGCUGGUAGCAAUAAUAGCAGCAUUAAUAAAUCAUACAGCCAAAUUUUGAGUAAUUCAAAUGGCGACCUUAGCGAUCACAUUGCAUAUCUGGAAUAUAAACGCGCUGGCGAAUACUGGAACACCACACCAAAAACGGAUUAUACCUACUCGGAGCAUUCGCCAUAUCGGCGCGAAUUGGCACCCGGCAUUGUUGCCAUGCCGAACAUGUCACGUACUGGUCUGAAAAAUCACAAUGAUCGCAUCAACUACAUGAUUCAACGUGACCCCGCCCAGGAGGAGUACAUACGUCGUCGUUAUGAAGCGUCGCGAUAUGCGCAAAAUCGUAGAGCCACCGAGAAACUUGCCUAUGAUUCGGGUGAUGAAAUAGAUUUCCAACUUGAUAGCUACCGUAAACGACAGAAUAAUAAAUAUUUACAAGAACAGCAGGAAUCGUGGUAUAUGCGUAUCAUCACAACCAUUCUCACCACAAUAACCAAUGCGUGGGCGACUAUAAGUGGUGAAGGUGGUGAUAUUGGUACAGGUGGUGGUGUGGCUGCUGGCUAUAACAGUUCGUUGUAUAGAACAAACUACGGUCAGGAGAAACGAGGUUUCUUCGGCUCCAUUGUGCACGGCAUUUCAUCUUCAAUAACUCGGUUAUUUCGUUAUAUUUAUUUACUAAUCUCAUAUGUGCUCUGUCUGGAUACUUGGCUGCUGCAAUCGCGUAGUGCCGAUAACAAUGGCAAAAAGCGUGGUUUGCUCCUAAUACUGAUUUUAGCGCCUUUGUUGCUGUUAGGGGCAUGGUGGUGGCUACAGGACGAUGAAAAUCGGUUAUAUUACGUGGAACGUGCGCAAGCCGUUGUGCCACUCUCAUUACUGGCUAGUUGGCAGAGUGCUUUAUAUGCCACCGGCAGCUCACUCAGAGGCUACUUCCUCCAAUUGCCCGAUAAUGUGAGGAGCUCAUUUAAUCAAUACUACUCUAGUUAUAUAGCUGCAGGUGACGCUGCUGCAGGCAGUGGAGCUGGUGAAGAGCACAUCCAUAACAUUGAGCAGCGUUUGCAAAAAGCGCUUACUGCCGAAGAGUACGAGAAUAUCUUAAAUCAUGUCAAUAGUUAUGUACAACAACUGAUCGAUUUGAAGUUGGAAAAGCAACAACAUGAGCAGACAUCACGUGCUGAACAACUGAGCCCGACGCAGAUACAUUUGAUUGUCCAAUUGUUGCGAGAGAACUUGGAACGUUUUGCACUAGAACAGCAAGCUUCGAGGGGCGCUAGUGUGAGGUUGGCUGAGCUGAAUGAGUCAGAUGUGUUGCGACUGGCUGAGUUAGUGCGUGCACAGCUGGAGACUAGUGGUUGGGCUGAGAGACCAGUGCCGUUGUCUAAUGAGAAUUUAAUAAAAAUUAAACGCUUGAUAGGUGAACACUUCGAGUUGCAUGCUCACGAACACUACACGCUGCGCUUAGAGCAAGUUGAUUUGGACGCAUUGUUGUUGCGUAUUUUAAGUGCACCACAGCUGGCGAAAUAUGUUGAUACGCGCAUCGGUGCGGCGUUCGAAAGUAAGCGCGGACAGAUACUAGAAACCGAAAAGGCGAGAGAGGGUUCCGGCAACACAGAAACCCAUAGCGAGCAACAACGUUUGAUUAAUGAACUAAAUAAUGAGAUUGCUUUUAUCAAAUUGGCGCUCUCCGAUAGGCUAUCUGAGAACGACGGUCUACAUCAAUCGAUAAGCAAAUUGAAAGUCACUCAGGACGAUUUACUAAAACGCCUGCAGGAUCAUGAAUUGGCUACAGAUAAACGUUUCAGUGGCUUAUUGUCGGAGAUUGAAAGCAAAUUGGCGGCGCUCAAAGAUGAUAAUUUUAAAUUACUUAAUCAACAAAUCAAGUUGUCGCUGGUAGAAAUACUCGGUUUCAAAGAGCGUACACCAGCUGGAGCUACCUUGGAGGAUAUCGACUUACAAAAUUGGGUGCGUAGCAUGUUUGUGGCGAAGGAUUAUCUGGAAGAGCGUUUAUUAGCACUCAACAAAGGAACGGACAAUAAGAUACGCGAUGAGAUCGAUCGUUCCGGCAUGUUGCUAAUGAGGGAUAUUAGUGAGCGACUGAAACAUGAAAUACUUGUAGCUGUUGAGGCAAAACACAAUGAGAGUCUGUUGGCGGUGAAAGGUCAAAUCAAUUCGGCGCUGUCCGAGAAUGAGGUGCAAAAGAUUGUAAAAUCGGUGUUGGCCAUAUAUGAUGCCGAUAAAACCGGUCUAGUGGACUUUGCGUUAGAGUCUGCAGGUGGACAAAUACUCUCGACACGCUGUACUGAAAAUUAUCAAACCAAAUCAGCACAAAUAUCCAUAUUCGGCAUACCACUCUGGUAUCCGACGAAUACGCCACGUAUUGCUAUUUCACCACAAGUGCAACCCGGUGAAUGCUGGGCAUUUCAAGGUUUUCCGGGAUUUUUGGUUUUAAAACUCAACUCAUUGGUAUAUGUAACCGGCUUCACGUUAGAACACAUACCUCGAUCUCUUUCGCCAAACGGACGUAUCGACUCAGCGCCACGAAAUUUCACAGUUUGGGGUCUCGAGCAUGAAAAGGAUUACGAGCCGGUACUCUUCGGUGAGUAUGAGUACGUCGAUAACGAUGCCUCCUUGCAAUAUUUUCCAGUUAAAAAUCUGGAUAUCAGGCGACCGUAUGAAAUUGUAGAAUUGCGCAUCGAGUCAAAUCACGGACAGGCACAAUACACGUGUCUUUAUCGCUUCCGCGUACAUGGUAAACCACCGGCAGCGUAGAUCAUCAUUACCAAUCAACAGGCCAUAUAAACUAAACAUAUGAAUGUAGUUUAUUGUAAAAAAUAAGAUAGUUUAAUUUAUUUUCUUAUCAGUACUUACAAUUGCAAACUAAAUUAUUGUAAACUUUGUGCCUUAAAGUAUGCGGAAACUAAUGCUGAGAAGAGAGCAAAGUUGCACAGUUUGGAAUUGCAGGCCUUAAGUAUCUAACCUCAAACACUUAUUAAUCCUAACCAUACGUUACUAAGAGUCAAUAUAUUUUUAGAGCUCAAAAACACAAUUGUAAAUAUAUUAAAAAAUAAAUAAUGCUGCCACAGUGAAGAAUAUGAAAUAUUAUACAUACAUAAAUAUCGCAUAAGUCCUACAUAUGAAUAAGGUUUCCUACGUUGAUUUAAAACAUGAAUUUAUUCACACAAAAAAGAGGCAAAUUAGCGUUAGGUGUAAAAUAUUAAGUUACAAUUUAUACCAUUUUAAGAAUUUUUUUAAUUUAUUUAAUAGUGUUAAGUUAUGGUAUUCAAAA